CGCACUGCUCCCUUCCGGCCUCUGUAGCCAGGAGCGGGCAGCGGUACUGUGAGGUGCCCGGGCGGGUGGGCCGCGCCGCCGCUAUGGUGUUCUACUUCACCUCCAGCGUUGUUCCCACCGUUUACACCAUUUACAUGGGAAAAGACAAGUAUGAAAAUGAAGAUCUAAUAAAGUAUGGCUGGCCUGAAGAUAUCUGGUUUCAUGUGGAUAAGCUCUCUUCUGCACAUGUGUAUCUUCGGUUGCACAAGGGGCAGACAGUGGAUGACAUUCCUAAAGAAGUUCUGAUAGACUGUGCCCACCUGGUGAAGGCUAACAGCAUCCAAGGUUGCAAGAUGAACAACGUCAACGUGGUGUACACACCAUGGACCAACCUGAAGAAGACUGCAGACAUGGAUGUGGGGCAGAUUGGGUUUCAUAGGCAGAAGGAUGUGAAAAUGCUGACAGUGGAGAAGAAGGUGAACGAGAUACUGAACCGAUUAGAGAAGACAAAAGUGGAACGUUUCCCAGACCUGGCUGCUGAAAAGGAGGCCCGUGACAGAGAGGAGAGGAAUGAGAAGAAAGCCCAAAUCCAGGAGAUGAAGCGGAAGGAAAAGGAAGAGAUGAAGAAGAAGAAAGAGCUGGAAGAGCUUAGGAGUUACUCAUCGUUAAUGAAGGCUGAGAAUAUGUCCUCCAAUCAGGAUGGCAACGAUUCCGAUGACUUUAUGUGAAUAAAGUCGCUCUCCUUUCUCAAUCCAAGGUGGUUUGGGAUGUCUUAAUGUCACCGUUGCUAAGAAUGCCAAAAAAUCAAACCAAAUAAGUGAACUCUGACUCCAUUUCUUCAGAAGCUGGUAGAUUCUCCUGGUGUCCCGACCAACCCCGAGCCAUGGACAACUUCUGGAUGGAGAAGAUCUCUAUGUCUGCACAUACAUCUCUUUUUUUCAGGGACGUAGGUGUAAGGAAGCAAAAUUGAAUUUCAGUUCUACAAAGACGAUGCUAUUUAUUCUAGGAAAGGAGUUGCUGUAGCUUUUAAUUGAAUGAGAUUGAAAGAA